AUGGAUUGUGAAAAAGAAGCCUUGAAAGAAAGAAAGAGGAUGCUGAAAGAAGAGAAGAAAAAGCAGAAGCUCGAGAAGUUUUUGGCAAAGAAGACACAAGAGGUCAGUAUUUCCAAGCCCAAGAGGGAAUACAAGGGAGAUGGGUAUGAUCCGCUGGAGGUCGAGAGUAAGUGGUAUAGGUAUUGGGAGGAGAAGGGGCUUUUCAAGCCUGUCGAGGGCGGCCCAAAGUACAUUAUUCCGAUUCCUCCACCAAACGUGACAGGGAACCUCCAUAUAGGGCAUGCCAUGAUGGUUUCUAUCCAGGAUACCUUGUGCAGAUAUAAGAGGAUGUGUGGGCACGAGGUUCUGUACAUUCCCGGGACAGACCAUGCAGGAAUAGCAACGCAGAAUGUUGUCUCCAAGCAGAUGGAGAAGGAGGGGACCCGUGUUGAUAGAGAGACGUUUUUGAGGAAGGCCUGGGAAUGGAAGGAAAGACAUGGGUCGAGAAUAUAUGAGCAGUUUAAGAGGCUGGGAACAAGUGUGGACUUUAGUAGGGAAAGGUUUACAUUGGAUCCUGGAAUGAGUGAGGCUGUUGUUGAUGCGUUUGUAAGCCUAUACGAGAAAGGCCUAAUAUACAGGGAGCUGAAGAUUGUGAACUGGUGUGGCAAACUAUCGACGACUAUAAGUGACCUAGAGGUGAACCAUGAAGAAAUACCACCCAACACAUAUCUACAGGUAGAUGGGGGAAAGUAUGAGUUUGGGGUGAUUUAUCACUUUAUGUAUCCAAUAACAACUGACAAGAAAUUUUCUGGGGACCACUUAUCCUUGCCCACGAUUGAGGUUGCGACAACAAGACCGGAAACCAUUCUUGGAGAUACGGCGAUAUGUGUGAAUGCAAGGGACAGGAGAUUUAAUCCCGAGGGAAUAAAGAAAAUCUUUGGCGAUGCUGUGUGUGGCAAUGAUGUUUACGGUGUGAAUCCGUUAACUAAAGAAGUGAUUCCCAUUGUCUUCGAUGACUAUGCGGAUAUGAGCUUUGGAACUGGUGUGGUGAAGAUAACGCCUGCACACGAUGCAAACGACUUUGACGUGUCCAAAAGGCAUGGGAUUCCUUGCAAGAUUGUAUUUGAUGAGCAGAACAAGGUGACUAUUGAGGGUGAGUUUAAAGGGAUGAAGAGGUUUGAAGCAAGAAAGGCAGUUGUUUCAAGGCUUAAAGACAUUGGGCUGUUUGUCGAAAAGAAAGGAUACUCGCAGGUGAUUCCAAGGUGCUCGAGGUCUAAUGAUAUCAUAGAGCCUGUUAUCAAAAGCCAGUGGUGGCUAGACUGCAAGGAGAUGGCCAAAAGAGCUAUUGAAGCUGUUGAAGAUGGAAGGAUUAAGAUAUUGCCGGAAGGAGCGGAAAGGCAAUGGUACAGGUGGCUCGAAAACAUCAGGGAUUGGUGUCUGUCUAGGCAGUUGUGGUGGGGGCAUCGAAUACCUGCCUAUAGAACACCGAGCGGGAAGUGGUAUGUCGGAAAGACUAAGGCGGAUGCAUUUUCGAAGAUGAAGAACGAAUGCUUGGAGUCUGCAUGCAAUUUUGAGGAGUUCUGUCAGGAUGAGGAUGUCUUGGACACUUGGUUUUCGUCUGGACUGUGGCCGUUUGCCACUUUAGGGUGGCCCAAGAGAACAGAUGACUUCUUGAGGUAUUACCCCAGUACUCUACUAGAAACAGGAAGCGACAUUCUUUUCUUCUGGGUUGCAAGGAUGGUGAUGCUGGGUCUCGAAUUGACAGGGAAGGUACCUUUUAGCCAAGUUUUUCUUCACGGAAUAGUAAGGGAUGCACAUGGAAGAAAGAUGAGCAAAAGCCUUGGGAAUGUUAUUGAUCCUAUUUUUGUGAUUGAUGGAUGUUCACUUGAAAAGCUCAUUUCAACGAUGAGGAGCGGGAAUCUCGAUGAGAAGGAGAUGAAAAGGGCUGAGUCUGUUCUGAAGCAAGACUUCCCAAAUGGAAUACCCAGAUGCGGAGCAGACGCGCUUAGGUUCACCUUACUUUCCUAUACCUCUGGAAUGAAAGACAUUAAUCUUGAUGUGCUCAGGGUAGAGGGAUACCGAAGGUUCUGUAAUAAGAUAUGGAAUGCUCACAAAUUUGUGAGGAUGAUGAUGGACGAAGUAGUGGAUGGAAGUAACCAGGAGACUACCGAUAAGAAAAAGUACGAGAAAUAUAUUCUCUCGCCCAACGAUCUUCUAGCACCUUCUGGGCAGGGGCCUAUUGAAUGGAUUCUCAAGAAAAGAAAUGAGACUGUUGAAACAAUACAAAGAAUGCUUGACUCCUUCAAUUUCAUGGCGGCGACACAGGCAAUUCAUCAAUUCUUCAUCUACGACCUAUGCGACGUCUUCAUUGAGGUUGUUAAGAAGAACAAAAACAAAAGAUACAUUAGUACUCUGCUAAGCGUGUUUGUAGACUCGAUGAAAAUGCUUCAUCCAUUUAUGCCGUUCAUCACGGAGGAAGUGUUUUCGAACUAUUUUGAUGGUUCUAUUUCGGUUUCUUCGUAUCCUAGGGUGGAUGGGUCUGAACACGAAAAUAAGUUUUCUACAGCUCUCCAGAUAGUAAGGCAUGUAAGAGCAAAGGCAGAAUCCAAUGGAUGGAGCAAGGUUUCAGUGAAGAUCUCACUGGGAGAGGAUGUCUGUCCUGCAGACGUGGUGUUUAUACGUCUAUUGUGCAGAAAGAUCAUCGAGUUUGAGACGACGGACAGCAUCCGAGACGACGAAUACGAGAUGGUAGGAGACUCAAAGAUAUCUGUGAGACAGAUGGAGCAGACGGGAACAGUAGAUGCUGAUUAA